AUGAUGAGUUCUGAGAGAAAUGUCAAUGAACAUAGUCCAUUGACAUCUUCAAGCCAUUGGCCAUUGUCGGAUUGGAUGACGAUCAUCCCGGUUUCUUUGACGGAUAUCACACCUACAACACUUUCAUUAGACAAUGAUAAAUCUAACGAACCCAAAAAAAAGAAGGGUCAAGAAAAAGAAUCAUCCCAAGAAAGCACUGUUUAUAGUCCUGUUUUAAAUAACGAAAUUAAUAAUGAACCAGAUAAUGAAAUUAAUAAUGAAGUUAAUAAUGAACAUUUACAUAUCACAGAAUUUUUAAAUCAUGAUCGAAAAAAAAGACGAAUGAUCAAAACAACUAAACCAUCAGCUUUUUCCACACCUAUUCAAAUAAACAGUUCAAGAACUAAUGCUAGUUAUACUCGUUUUUUUUUUGAAGAUAACAAGAAAUAUGAUCAAAUUAAAUACUAUAAAAUUUGUGUCAAAGAAUAUAAAGGGACCCACAUAAAGCCAUAUCCAUAUUCUAAAUCAGGUGGUAGUAUAGGACAUUUAACAUACCAUCUUCGUGAAAGACAUAAUAUCACUGCGAAUAACUAUAAAGAACAUCUUGAUUCAUCUCAAGAACCAAUAGUAAAAGUGAAUCUAAUCACAAAUUAUAUUACCAAUUUACCUUCACUUUCAACUAAAAGACAAAAUGAACUUAUUAAAGUUCUGAUAGAAUUUAUUGUAUAUGACAUUCAACCUUUAUACAUAUUACAAGACUCAUCUUUUCAAUUUGUAGAAGAAGUGGUUGAUGUUUUGAAACCUUUUGAAGAAAUUACAAGACAUUUCAGUGGCUUCAAAUAUUCUACCAUAAAUCUUAUAUAUCCUUAUAUUCCUCUUAUCUAUGGAUCUUUACCAGAAAACUCUGAACAAAUAUCAGAGAACCUUUCAGAUGAUGAUACAAGUGUUAGUAGCAGUGAUGAGGCCAACAUACCUUCAGCUGGAACUAGACAACAAUGGCAGUAUGCACAUCGGAGAUUAAAAGCAUCUAUGUUAGAUCCAAGAGUGUUAAAAUUACUUCUAUUCGCUACUGAGGAUGAACAUAGAAAUACUAAAGCACAAAUUCAUGCAGAGUUAUCAAUAUUGGAAGCGCAAUUUAGACAGAACAAUGAUAAAAUAGAAGCUUGUAUUACUACAGAAAAAGAAGAAUACGAUUUGUUAAGUGCUGAAUUAUGGGGUUCACUUUCAACACCCACUCCACAAACUAUUACUGAAGAUGAGCUGACGAAUGAAGAAAUAAUAUUGAUUAUUGAUUAG